GCAGGAUACGGGAGUGUGGACACUUCAAAGAGAACUUUAUUGGCUUUAAAACUCACUUCUGAUGGGUGCUCUUUAAAUGUCUUCCUCCCGGUAGAGACUGAAUGACUGCUCUGCCCCCACAUUAUGAACCCAAAUGUGGAGGAUCUAGAAGUGAUCAUGGAGUUCCUCGACGAGCAGCAGAAGGCAUUUGUAUUUGAGCAGGAGACUGCCUCAGGCUCAGGGGCCUGUGCUUUUGGAUUCUCUGUGGAAAGUUGGCACCCUGGUUCCUACAGCAACAGGAACUCAGCCUUUCAAGAUAUAUUUCUUCCUUCGCAGCGUUACGCUUCUAAUCCGUGUGGACUGUCUGUCGGGCCCGAAUGUGUGGACAACCCUUACUGCUCUUCACUCUCUGACUUCAGACCAGCUCUACCCUCAGAAUAUGUGAUGAGAAGCAGCAACAGUGAGAAGAGGAAGAGAAGGGUCAGGCUUUUCCAGUUCCUCUUCGAGAUGCUAGAGGACCCACAGAUGAGACACUGCAUUUGGUGGAUCCAGCCCUCCGGUGGGCUCUUCCAGUUCUCCUCCCAGAACAAGGAGAAGCUGGCGGAGAUCUGGGGCAGAAGGAAGGGCAACAAAAAGACCAUGACCUACCAGAAGAUGGCCAGGGCCUUAAGGAACUACUCCCGUACAGGCGAGAUCAUCAAGGUGAAACGCAAGCUGACCUACCAGUUCAGCCAGCAGAUCAUCAGCCGUCUGCGGGGAGUCAGCAAAAGAUCCUUCGUCUACCCCUUCCUCAACUGAGGUGCCCUGCGAGGGCCUGGAGGCAGGGCGUCUUCUGAGCUCUACCUCCCCAAAGCUGAAAGGCACUAUAUCAAUGCAAGUUACCUUCUUUAGCCUUCUUCAAGAAGUCCAGCAGAACUAAGAGGGCAGGGAGAGAAUCUCUUCCCCCUGUUUUGGGAUUCCAUGGGAAUCUCAGGCAAUAUUUGCUGUGGUGUGUUAACGCAGCAUGCAAUUAUUAUACAGAAUAAAGAUGUACAUAAAAUAGAGUUGGAAGUAAGGAUAUGGAAUAAAAUGUGCAUAAAUUCAUAAAUACCAGCAUGUAUUUACAAUGUAAAGGGCAUUGGGUAAUAGAGGGAGGUGGGGCUAACUAUGAUAGUUGAUCGGAUGAACCGUCCGGGGGAGGGAACUAUUACAACGGGGUGAAGUUCUUUGGUUUUAUAACCCUAAAGGACUUUCCAGAAGGCAGUUUUUGGAAAAGGCAGCUUGCGGUGUGGGUAGUGUCCACAAUGACUUCUCCUGCCCAUUGUUUUGGAGUGAAGACAAAAAGACCAAAAACAUAGGAGGAGAAUUAGGCCAUUCAGCCCAUCAAGUCUGCUCCACCAUUCUAUCAUGGCUCAACCCCAUACACCUGUCUUCUUGCCAUGUCCUUUGAUACCUGACUGAUCAGGAAACUAUAACUUCAGCCUUAAGUAUACGCACAGACUUGACUUCCACCGCAGUCUGCGGUAGAACAUUCCACAGAUUUACUACUCCCUGGCUAAGGACACGCCUCUAGUUCUGGUUACCCCCACUGGAGGCAACAUCCUCUCCACAUCCACCCUUUCAUCAUUCAGUAGCUUUCAAUGAGAUCCCCCACGUUCUCCUAAAUUCCAGUGAGUACAGGCCCAAAGCUGCCAAACACACCUCAUAUGUUAACCCCUUCAUUCCUAGAAUCAUCCUUGUGAACCUCCUCUGGACUCUCAAAUGACAACACAUACUUCCUGAGAUAAGGGGCCCAAAGCUGUUGACAAUACUCCAAGUGCAGCCUGACUAGUGUCUUAUAAAGUCUCAGCAUUAUUUCCUUGCUUUUAUAUUCUAUUCCCCUUGCAAUAAAUGUCAACAUUGCAUUUGCCUUCUUUACCGCAGGCUCAACCUAUAAACUAACCUUCAGGGAGUCUUGCACGAGGACUCCUAGGUCCCUCUGCACCUCUGAUGUUUGAACCUUCCCCCUAUUUAGAUAACAGCCCGCACUAUUGUUCCUUUUACCAAAAUGCAUUAUCAUACAUUUCCAAACUCUGUAUCCACCUGCCACUUUUUUGCUCAUUCUUCCAAUCUGUCUAAGUCCUACUGAAAUUCCAUUGCUUCCUCAGCACUACCUACCCUUCCACCUAUCUUUGUAUCAUCUGCAAACUUUGCCACAAAGCCAUCAAUUCCAUUAUCUAGAUCAUUGACAAACAAUGUGAAAAGCAGUGGUCCCAAUACUGACCCCUGAGGAACAUCACUAGUCACCGGCAGCCAACCAGAAAAGGUCCCCUUUAUUCUCACUUGUAGUCUUCUGCCUGUCAGCCAUUCCACUUUCCAUGCCAGUAUCUUUCCUGUAAUGGCAUUGGAUUUUAUCUUGUUAAGCAGCUUCAUGUGUGGCACUUUAUCAAAUGCCUUCUGAAAAUCCAAGUAAAUGACAUCCACUGCCUCUCCUUUGUCCCCCUGCUUGUAGUUCCUCAAUGAACUCAAACAGAUUUGUUGGGCAAGUUUUCCUUUUACAGAAAACAUGCUGACUAUGACUUUUUUAUCAUUCGUCUCCAAGUACCUUGAAACCUCACCCUAAAUAAGACUCCCGCACUUUCCCAACCACUGGGUAAUUAUAGGCUAACUGGCCUAUAAUUUCCUUUCUUUUGCCUUCCUCCCUCUUAAAGAGUGGAGUGACAUCAGCUGUUCUGUGUCACAGUACAGUGCAAUACAUAAAAAUUACUAUAAAUUACAAUAAAAAUACAUUAAAAAUGAAUAAGUCAUACAAAAUGAAAGCAAAAAUAGUGAGUUAGUGUUCAUUAUCUAUUCAGAAAUCUGAUGAUGGAGGGGAAGAAUCUGUUACUAAAAUGUUGAGUGUAUGUCUUCAGGCUCCUGUACCCUCUCCCUGAUAAUAGCAAUGAGAAGAGGGUGUGUCCUGGGAGAUGGAGAUCCCUUAUGAUGUAAUGCGCCACGCUUUACAGUACAGCACUGGCUGUAAAAUCAAUUCCCGAUGCUGUCUUUAAGGAGUUUGUACGUUCUCCCUGUGACCAUAUAGGUUUCCUCUGGGUGCUCCGGUCUCCUCCCACAUUCUAAGGAUGUACAGGUCAGAGUUAAUGAGUUGUGGGUACGUAUGUUAUGUUAAGCCUGACAUGUAGCAUUUGCAGGCUGCCCAGUACAGUUCUCACUGAUUUGAUUUCACAGAAAAUGAUGCAAUUUACUGUAUGUUUUGUUCUA